AUGAUUUGUCGGUCCCUUUCAUAAGCUCAUCGUUUCGAAUUUUGUGAUUAUUUUGUUUAUUAUGUGGCUUAUUUUUGAUACUAGAUGAGGCGACAGAAUCUGUAAUAUCUCACCAAUAAAUUGCGAUGUUAAGAUGAUUCCUUUGAAAGAUAACCAAGAUGUGGCUUCUUUCCUCGUCACGAAACACUCUUGGAAGGGCAAGUACAAGAGAGUAUUCUCGGUGGGGACUCAUGGAAUCACCACAUACAACCCGGACCGUCUGGAGGUGACCAACAAGUGGCUGUAUUCGGACGUGGUCACGGUGGCCUCGGCCAAACACUCCAAUUCAGCCUUUAACCAUGACUUCACACUGGUCAUGAAGAAAGAGAAGAAAGUGGAUACUAUGAAGUUUUCCUCUGAACACAAGUGUCUGAUUCUGACUGAAGCUUUCAAGUACAGGCACCUGUUUGCUGAGAAACCUAAAGAUGUUUUUAGAUAUCAAGCAUACAAACACCACUGGAGCGGGACUCGUCUCCCAGUUGUGUUAGAAGUGGGCCCUUGUGCCCUAGAGCAGCUGGAUCCUUCCACUCACACCUUACUGGCCAGCUAUCCAUACCAUGACAUCCAAGGCCUGUUACAAGUGAGGGAUGUCCCUGGGGGCAUAGUCCUGGCUGUGGGAGGUUAUAGUCGGCUUCAUCUCUUCUCCAAUGCGAUGGAGCAUCAAGCAAUCAUUAACAAAAUGCUGGAGAUGGCCAGCCUAACACUGAGUACAAGCAUAAAAGUUCUCUCCACUAUGAUUACGCUGAAUGACUACCAUGAUCAAAGAUUUGGGAAGUACAGUGGGGACCAGCACCAGACGUCGCUAAGCGAGUUUAUGGUGCAUAAGGUGAACCCCGCGCGUCACAUGGAGCCUAUGAGACGUACGAUGUGUCUUUCCGACACCUGCAUUCUGGAGAGGGAUCCUCAGACUUAUUCAGUGGUGUGUCUGCGCCCGUUAUGCGACGUGUUCGCUUUAGUACGAGACCCCGAACAUCCUCAGAAGUUCUCCAUCGAAUACCUCAACGGCCAGACACGCACGUACCUCGCGGGAGAAAGGGACGCGCUGCUAGCCUCUUUAUUAGACGGCGUGCGCUCAGCGGGACAACGCGACGUGCACGUUCGCUCGGUGCCUACGCCGCGCGGGUUCCGUCUAGGGCCGCUGCAUCAACCGGUGGACGAGGAAACUGAAUCUAAUCAUCUCAGGGACGCGCUGCUAGCCUGUCUGUUAGACGGCGUGCGGUCAGCGGGACAACGCGACGUGCACGUUCGCUCGGUGCCUACGCCGCGCGGGUUCCGGCUAGGGCCGCUGCAUCAACCGGUGGACGAGGAAACUGAAUCUAAUCAUCUCAGGCUGUUUCAAAACCCAGUGGGCAUGUGCCGCGCGGAAGUGAUCGAGCGUUUCAACGCAAACGUCGGCUACAGCGGCCUCAACUACUCCGUCAGCCAAGACAGGCUGUUCGCGGAGAACAAAGAGAAGCUGAUUACCGGAGCCCUAACUGCUCUGGUCAGCAGUGCCACGUCUGGUGGAAGUCUACCGCCGCGGGAGUUGGAAGCGCAGUUCCAUGCGUUGAGACGACUGUGCGCCAGCAAAGUUGGAUUUGCUGCAUUUACUGCUCUGCCGGGGUUCCGUGAAUGGAUCGGCACAGCUGUAGUCACGGCACUACGCCGCGGAUCUCCAGCUUGCUCUCACGCGGCUUUAGACGCGGUCUGCGCUCUAAUGCAGCCCAUGCACCAGGAACCCGACCUUAGACAGGAGCAGCUGAAUAAGGCCAGCAUGCUGUCUUCGGCCUCUUUCUUGGAGGGGCUGUUGACCAUGUGGGCGGAGCAUGUGACAUCGGGCAGUGGUGCGCUAGUCGUGGCGGCCAUGUUGGACUUCCUGACGUUCGCUCUGUGCGUGCCGUACAGCGAGACGACGGACGGGAAGCAGUUCGACCAGCUGCUGGAAAUGGUCGCUAAUAAGGGACGCGUUCUGUUCAAGCUGUUUGAGCACCCCUCAAUGGCAAUAGUAAAAGGCGCUGGUCUCGUAAUGCGAGCACUAAUCGAGGAGGGCGGCGGCACCGUUGGCUCCCGGAUGCAAGCCCUAGCGCUGGCCGAAGCGGCGCUGCCGAGGCAUCUGUUAGCUGCACUGUACGCACCGGCGCGGCUACACCACCGCCAUCUUGCGAGGCAUUUGGUCGCGCUGUGGUUGGUGGAUCAUGCGCCGGCGCAUAGCCUGCUGACGAGGCUUAUGCCAUCAGGUCUGCUAGCGUUCUUGGAGUCAGCGGAAGCGCCGCCCGCGGCCGCGUUAGAAGAGGAGCGCAUGCAAGAGCGAGACAACCUGCAGCUUGCGCAGGCGACGGUGAAAGCGCGUGCGCCGCACUGGGAGGCCUUGGAGCGGCAAGUCAAGUACGUCGAGAAGCAUAUCGAGCACUACGCAGCGUUAGCACUUCAGCAUUGGGCACAGCGGACUGGGCGUGGCGCCGCGGCAGCGGGGGCUCCGGGGGCGGGACGCGAGGCCCGAGAACGCCCUGUAGUGCUGCGCCGGCGCCGCGAGCGCCUCAAGAGCACGGCUAACUGGCCGCUGCUGUACUACCAGUUUCACAGAGACCAUGCGCUGCCUAAUCUCAUAUGGAACCACACGACUCGCGAAGAGCUCCGCAACGCUUUAGAGAGUGAACUUCGCGCGUUUAUGUCGGAUCGUGAGUCCGCCGGCGGCGCGCUCACCUCCUGGAACCACACGGAGAUGGAAGUCCACUACCAGUGCCUCCAGAACGAGGUCAAGAUCGGUGACUACUACCUCAGGAUACUGCUGGAACAAAGAGACAGCGACGACAGCCCGAUACGCAAGUCGUAUGAAUUCUUCAACGACUUGUACCACCGGUUUCUAUCAACGCCGAAGGUCGAAAUGAAGUGCAUGUGUCUGCAAGCUAUGAGUAUUGUCUAUGGGAGGUACUACGAAGACAUCGGCCCUUUCGCGGACACCAAAUAUAUUGUACAAAUGUUAGAUAGAACAUGCGACAGAAUGGAAAGAGAUAGACUAGUACAAUUUGUUGCAAAAUUAAUACUUCAUAGAAGAAAUGUUAGCGAGAUUUUAGAAUGGAAUGGAAUUAGGAUAUUAGUAGACCUGAUGACCUUGGCCCACCUUCACACGUCUCGUGCGACAGUACCAGCUCAGAGCAACGUGAUAGAGGGCCCUACUCAGCAACCAGGCGGCGGCGACCGCGAGUGGUACUACAACUUAGAACAGGGGGAGAAGGUGCAGAGAAUGGGCCCUGUUAGCUUCCAACAGCUCAAAGACCUGUACAAGUCCGGCGAGAUCAACAACAAGACCAAGUGCUGGGCAAACAGCAUGGAAGGCUGGCGAGCCGUGGGCGGGGUCCCGCAGCUCAAAUGGACCCUGGCAGCGCGUGGGACCCCCGUGCUGAAUGAAAGCGAGCUGGCUGCUACUAUCCUGGACCUGCUGAUCACUUGCGCGCGGUAUUACCCUAGCAGAGACGAAGAAGAUGCAGUAAUACGACCGCUGCCCAAAGUCAAGCGACUGUUAUCAGAGCCGGCAUGUCUCGCUCACGUCGUUCAGUUGCUGCUUACUUUCGACCCUAUUCUUGUUGAAAAGGUGGCAACAUUACUACACGAAGUGAUGCAGGACAACCCUGAAAUAUCGAAGUUGUACUUGACUGGAGUAUUCUACUUUAUGCUGCUGUACACUGGGUCCAAUUUACUUCCAAUCGCCAGGUUCCUGCGGCUCACGCAUAUGAAACAAGCGUUCAGGGCUGAUCAAACUACAUCAGACAUAAUGCAGCGCUCGAUACUUGGCCAGUUGUUGCCCGAAGCGAUGGUGUGCUAUCUUGAGAACCACGGCGCAGAGAAGUUCGCUCAGAUCUUCCUCGGGGAAUGGGACACCCCUGAGGCUAUCUGGAACUCUGAGAUGAGACGCAUCCUGAUAAUGAAGGUAGCUGCGCACAUCGGCGAGUUCACGCCGCGGUUGCGCGCGCACGUGGCUGCCCGCUACCCGUACCUCGCCGUGCCAGCUGUCCGCUACCCGCACCUGGAAGCAGAGUUGUUCUGCAACACCUUCUACCUGCGCCACCUGUGCGACACGCGCCGCUUCCCCAACUGGCCCAUACCCGACCCGGUGGGCUUACUGAAAGACGUGUUAGAAGCGUGGCGCCGUGAGGUGGAGAAGAAGCCUCCAUCCAUGACGGCCAGCGAGGCCUACGCUGUGUUAGGCCUGAGCGGCAGCCAGCACGACGAGGCCGCGGUCCGUAAGGCCUACUACAGGCUCGCGCAGCAGUUCCAUCCUGAUAAGAAUCCUGAGGGACGGGAUCGCUUCGAGGCGGUGAACCAAGCAUACGAGUUCCUCUGCAGCCGCAACGUGUGGACGGGAGACGGGCCCAACACAAACAACAUCGUGCUCAUCUUGCGCACCCAGACGAUACUCUUCAGGCGGUACUCGGAUGUUCUCGCGCCGUACAAAUACGCGGGCUACCCGCAGCUGUUGCGCACGGCGCGUUUAGAAGUGGAAGCGGACCAGCUGUUCGCCGAGAGUGAGGCCCCGGCCUUACUUCCAGCGGCGUGCGAGCUGGCACAUGCUACUGUGGCUUGCUCCGCGCUGAAUGCAGAGGAGCUUCGCAGGGAAGGAGGCUUGCAGGUGUUGCACGAAGCGAUGUCGCGCUGCGUGCCGGUUCUCUCCGCAAGCACGAAGCCUGGCGACGUGAGCGCGGCGGUGUGCGCUCACUGUGCGCGCUGCUUCGCGGUGGCCGCCGGCUUCGAGGCCUGCCGGGAGGUCUGCGCCGGCCUGCCGCAGCUGUGCCAGGACCUGGUGCCUUUGCUGAGGCGACCGGUGAGUGACUCUAGCACGAGGCCUGGCGACGUGAGCGCGGCGGUGUGCGCUCACUGUGCGCGCUGCUUCGCGGUGGCGGCCGGCUUCGAGGCCUGCCGGGAGGUCUGCGCCGGCCUGCCGCAGCUGUGCCAGGACCUGGUGCCUUUACUGAGGCGACCGGUGAGUGUCUCUAGCACGAGGCCUGGCGACGUGAGCGCGGCGGUGUGCGCUCACUGUGCGCGCUGCUUCGCGGUGGUCGCUGGGUUCGAGGCCUGCCGGGAGGUCUGCGCCGGCCUGCCGCAGCUGUGCCAGGACCUGGUGCCUCUACUGAGGCGACCGGUGAGUGUCUCUAGCACGAGGCCUGGCGACGUGAGCGCGGCGGUGUGCGCUCACUGUGCGCGCUGCUUCGCGGUGGCCGCCGGCUUCGAGGCCUGCCGGGAGGUCUGCGCCGGCCUGCCGCAGCUGUGCCAGGACCUGGUGCCUUUACUGAGGCGACCGGUGAGUGUCUCCUCAAGCACGAGGCCUGGCGACGUGAGCGCGGCGGUGUGCGCUCACUGUGCGCGCUGCUUCGCGGUGGCCGCCGGCUUCGAGGCCUGCCGGGAGGUCUGCGCCGGCCUGCCGCAGCUGUGCCAGGACCUGGUGCCUUUACUGAGGCGACCGCACCUUGGUGAUACGGCGUGCGCAGGCGCCGAGGCCGUAGGCGCAUUAGCGGCGGCGGCUGAAUGUCGUGCAGGACUAGCGCGCGCCGGCGCUAUACACGCGCUUUUACCGGCUGCGCUACGCUACGACUACACGCAUACUGAGUCCGGCGUGGAGGCUGAUGAAACUAACAAGCAGGUUCGUUGCUUUAGAAACAAUAACUUGGUGACAAGUCGCGUGGGGCUAGCGCGCGCCGGCGCUAUUCACGCGCUAUUGCCCGCUGCGCUACGCUACGACUACACGCAUACUGAGUCCGGCGUGGAGGCUGAUGAAACUAACAAGCAGGUUCGUUGCUUUAGAAACAAUAACUUGGUGACAAGUCGCGUGGUGCUAGCGCGCGCCGGCGCUAUACCCGCGCUACUGCCCGCUGCGCUGCGCUACGACUACACGCAUACUGAGUCCGGCGUGGAGGCCGAUGAGACCAACAAGCAGGUUCGUUGGUCUAGAUACAAUAACUGGGUGACAAGUCGCGUGGUGCUAGCGCGCGCCGGCGCUAUUCACGCGCUAUUGCCCGCUGCGCUACGCUACGACUACACGCAUACUGAGUCUGGAGUCGAGGCCGAUGAGACCAACAAGCAGGUUCGUUGCUUUAGAAACAAUAACUUGGUGACAAGUCGCGUGGUGCUAGCACGCGCCGGCGCUAUACUCGCGCUACUGCCCGCUGCGCUGCGCUACGACUACACGCAUACUGAGUCCGACGUGGAGGCCGAUGAGACCAACAAGCAGCGCGCGCCGGCGCUAUACCCGCGCUACUGCCCGCUGCGCUACGACUACACGCAUACUGAGUCCGGCGUGGAGGCCGAUGAGACCAACAAGCAGGAAAUCGCAAACAAACUAGCAAAACAGUGCAUAGUAGCGCUGGCAGCGUUGUACGGCCCGCAUGAAGAGACUACCCCGUACGACGCGCGGAUACGCGACGCGCUGCACACGUUACUAACGCCGCACCUAUGCAGACGACUGGCCGAGACUGAUCAGCACGAGCUCCUAAAGACCUUAACAUCCAACUGGCGCACGCCGUACCUAGUAUGGGACAACAGCACACGAGCCGAGUUGCAAGACGUGCUUCAAAACAGCCGUCUCUCUGAUGAGGAAGAUGGGCCUUUAUUGGAGCCAUUCGCGUACUCCGCUCAUGAAGGCCUGGUCUCCGUGGGUGGCGUUUACAUUCACAUAUACAACGAGCAGCCGGAGUUCCCUAUCGAGAAUCCUCAACAGUUCAUCCUGGAACUGCUGAAGUUCAUCCAAGAACAGAUACAACUGGAUAUGACGCCGGACCGAGUUGAACACAUCACGCUGGCGCUUAGCUCCAUCGCCAACGUCAUCAUCAAGAACCCUGGUGUUGAGAUCCAAUGCAUCGGGCAAUUCGGUCUAAUUUUCGGGCUACUCUCCGCCCGAUCGCAACCGCGCCUCCAAAACGCUGCGUUACAAGCGGUCAGAGCCACCGCGGGCAGCCGGGAGUGCGUGGAAGACGUGGCCGCUAGUGGCGUUCUGGGCCACCUGGUGGCUUUGUUACCGGUGGCUGGGCUGGCGAGAGUGGCCAUACCGGGAGCUCCCGAUGUACUAGAUGUGUUAGCGGCGUUGUCUGCGUUGCUAGCCAACACUACGCUGGUUAAAGAGGCUUUAGCUAAAGGUGCUGUGAUAUACUUAUUAGAUCUGUUCUGCAAUAGUAAGCUGCCCGAGACGCGAGAGGCGGCCGUUGAGCUGCUCGCGCGAAUGAUGGCGGAUAAACUGCACGGGCCUAAGGUCCGCCUAACGAUAUCCCGCUAUGUCCCUGGAGUGUUCGCCGAGGCGAUGCGGGAAGGCGGCGCAGCGAGUGCUGUGCACAUGUUCGAUGCUCAGCACGAGCACCCCGAGCUCGUAUGGAGCGAGGACACGAGAGCCGCGGUCGCGCGCACGCUCUCUGGACUUAGAGACAGGCACCAGUCCAGCCAAGUCCGCGACGCCAACUCAAUAUUCGAGGACCGCGAAACCCUCGAACGGACCUCCGCCGGUGACGAGGCGUGGGCGCCGGCCGGCGAGGUGGUGGUGGGCGGCGUGUACCUCAAGCUGUUCCUGCAGCACCCGCACUGGAACCUGCGCAGCCCCAAGAAGUUCCUGCAGGAGCUGCUGACUGAAACACUUAAUGCGCUGUCCAAGGACACCACCGAGAAGUUCCUGCAGGAACUGCUGACUGAAACACUCAACGCGCUGUCCAAGGACACCACCGAGGACCGCGAGACACUCGAGCGGAGCUCCGCCGGCGACGAGGCGUGGGCGCCGGCCGGCGAGGUGGUGGUGGGCGGCGUGUACCUCAAGCUGUUCCUGCAGCACCCGCACUGGAACCUGCGCAGCCCCAAGAAGUUCCUGCAGGAGCUGCUGACUGAAACACUCAAUGCGCUGUCCAAGGACACCACCGAGGACCGCGAGACACUCGAGCGGAGCUCCGCCGGCGACGAGGCGUGGGCGCCGGCCGGCGAGGUGGUGGUGGGCGGCGUGUACCUCAAGCUGUUCCUGCAGCACCCGCACUGGAACCUGCGCAGCCCCAAGAAGUUCCUGCAGGAGCUGCUGACUGAAACACUCAACGCGCUGUCCAAGGACACCACCGAGCUUCGUCAAACUGACUUCGAGGACCGCGAGACACUCGAGCGGAGCUCCGCCGGCGACGAGGCGUGGGCGCCGGCCGGCGAGGUGGUGGUGGGCGGCGUGUACCUCAAGCUGUUCCUGCAGCACCCGCACUGGAACCUGCGCAGCCCCAAGAAGUUCCUGCAGGAGCUGCUGACUGAAACACUCAACGCGCUGUCCAAGGACACCACCGAGGGAAGUCGCGGCGCGGUGUGCGCAGCGGCAUUAGCGGCGUUGGUGCGUGCCCGACCGCACCUGGGCGGCGCGUGCGCGUCGUACGGCGAGCUGCCGCGGUUAGCACGCCUGCUGCCCGCCUGCCCCGAGCACGCCGUGCCCGUGCUGCACGCGCUCGUGCAAGCGCAGGCAUGCGUGGUGGCGCUUUCGUCAACUGACGUAAUGGCAGGCCUAAAAGCGGCCAUGAAGGCGUGUCCCGAGGUGGUGGGCGUGGCGUGCGAGGCGCUCGCGACCAUCUUCAACAGCAGCUGCAACACCGACCGCCUCGUUAAUCAGGCGAUAGAAACGGACCUGAUCACCGAACUACUCUCACUCCUGGAGACGCGUCUCGACGGCCAAACAGCGGCGCAGCUAGUUAGCGCGUUAAAAGCCAUGGCGCGCUGUCCCACGCAUGCUGAGCGAGUACGAGCGCUGUUAGCUCGCAGUCGUGUGUGGGAGCAGUACUCGCAGCAGCGACACGACCUGUUUAUUGCCGCCACGCCGCAACACCACUCCAUUGCUGGCGCGCCGCACACCGCCGGCUACCUGACGGCGCCGCCCGCGUCGAUCCCGGCGCAGCCGCCGCCCAUCGACUGACGCGCCCCGCCCGAGCGGUAGAACUACAGGUGCACGCUACACUCCGGUAUUUUACACUAUCCUAUCUAUUAUACAGAAUGUCCAGUCGCCGAGCACGUAGAAUUUCGUCCAAUGACCCCGAGCUACCCAUCCUUAUCGCUCGCGCGUUAUAACUGUCGCGACUGUGCGACGGGCGGCCGCAGUGAGUGUGCGAGCG